AUGCCAACCGAGCCAUUGAAGCUGGAACUGCCAUGGGUAGAGAAAUAUAGACCGCAACUGUUGAAGGAUAUCGUGGGCAAUGAAGAGACAGUUCUGCGACUGCAGCAGAUUGCCCAAGACGGGAACAUGCCCCACGUCAUUAUCAGCGGACUUCCAGGAAUAGGUAAAACCACAUCUGUGAGUUGCUUGGCUCACGAACUGCUGGGAGAUGCGUACUCACAAGCAGUGCUGGAACUCAACGCCUCUGACGACAGAGGUAUUGACGUGGUCAGAAAUCAAAUCAAGCACUUUGCCCAGAAAAAAUGCAGUCUUCCACCGGGACGCCACAAGAUUGUGAUUCUGGAUGAGGCAGACUCAAUGACCGCAGGUGCCCAACAGGCCCUGAGACGCACCAUGGAGUUGUAUUCCAACACAACACGUUUUGCAUUUGCCUGCAACCAGUCGAACAAGAUUAUCGAACCUUUGCAAAGUCGUUGUGCUAUUCUGCGCUACUCCAAGUUGCAAGACAACGAGGUGCUCAAACGUCUUUUAGAGGUGAUCGAAGCCGAGAACGUGCAGUACACUAACGACGGACUGGAAGCCAUCAUAUUCACUGCAGAAGGUGACAUGCGUCAAGCUCUGAAUAAUCUGCAGAGCACUGUUGCCGGUUACGGGCUCGUCAACGGUGAAAACGUGUUCAAGAUCGUCGAUUCGCCCCAUCCACUAAUUGUCAAGAAAAUGCUACUUGCAGAAACACUAGAUACCUCGCUGGAUCUGCUCCAGGAUCUUUGGAAAAAAGGCUACUCCGCGGUGGACAUUGUUACAACCUGUUUCCGUGUUACUAAAAACUUGGAAGAGGUAAAAGAAGGCAUUAGGCUCGAGAUGAUCCGCGAAAUUGGGUUUGCGCAUAUGCGCGUUCUCGAAGGCGUGGGCACUUACUUGCAACUUGCGGGCAUGUUGGCGAGAAUAUGUAAAGUGAGAAGUAGUUGA